AAUAAACAAAUUGGAAUUGCUUACUUUUUAAAAUAAAAUAAAUUAUUUACAAGCUAUUUAUUUUUUAUAUAUUUUUAUCUUUUCAUAGAAAUGUUAUCUUAUCGAAGAUCAUCAGUGUGAUAAUAAUUAUAAGCAAUAUUCAAAUGAUAUAAAUUUGUUUUUGUACUAUACUGUAAAUAGACAAGUGCUUUUUUAAAUAUUAUUUUCCGAAGUGAGUCAUAACUAAAAACUAAAAACUAUGGAGGAUGACAUGGAAGGCAUAGAACUGAAGCCUGCUAGUAUGAGGAGGACAUUCACACUCCGUAACAAUGUAGCCAGACAGGCCGCAGUCAACUUUAUGCCCUCUCGUAAAGUAGCACACACAGGUACGUUAAGAUUAAGGCGUGCUAACAGCGAACACAAUGCGUUACUCGAAGCUUCAAUGUCUGAUGCGCCUGAUGCCGCCGAUAAGCAGGUGGAUAUUAUCGUGCGCGAAAUGGAACAGCACCAUCAGUUAAUGGAAGAUAAUCCACUCUCUGAAGAACUGAGAAGAGAGGCACUACGGGAUCUACCCCAAGGGUUGACGAUGAAGAGGAAUGUUCGGGCGAAACUUUCAGCCUCGGUUAGUCUACGGUCAAAACAAAGGCCUAUUUCGGUUUUCAAGAGGAUGAAAUAUCGGAUCAGUUUUACUUGGAAAAAGUCACGUGACAGUUUUCGUGACUUCAUAUUCUCAAUUGAAUUAUGGUACGAGUCAAUCAGAAACAUCGAGGGCCACUUAGGUUCCGCCGUUGGCUCCUACUUCCAUCUCUUAAGAUGGCUAUUCGGCCUCAACUUGCUGCUGUCCAUUUUGCUGAUUUCCUUUGUCGUGGUGCCCCAAGCUCUGCAUACCGGUGGCAGGAAUGGAACUUCCGGUAUAAGUUUCUUGGACUUCAUCAGCGGAACGGGCGAGUUGGAGGACACCCCGCUGCUCUACGGGCACUACCACGACGGCGACACGAGCGCGGGGCCGCUGCGGUACGACAUGGCCUUCGCGUACUUCUUCACGAUGGGCUGCGCGUACCUGCUGUUCUUCGGCGUGCUGUGCUACCGCACGGCGGACUCGUACCGGCGGCACUUCAUCGAGCCGGCGGGCGGCGGCGGCGGCGGCGGCGUGCGCGCGCGGCUGGCGGCCAAGCUGUUCUGCGGCUGGGACUUCGGCGUGGCCUCGCCGCGCGCCGCCGCGCUCGCCGCGCGCGCGCUCGCCCACGAGUUCCGGGAGCUCCUGAACGAACAGAACCGAAAGAAAGAAGCGGCCUCCUUCUGGGUAAGAUUCGGCCGGCGCUCAACGAACGUAGUCAUUACGACUAUCGUAUUAGGGUUGAUAUUUGGAGUGCAGUACGGUCUCUGGCUGCUGCUCAGUGUGGACACGUUCACGGACCACAGGGAGAUCUACAUAUCAUUGAUCGUCACGGCCGUGGCUGCGGUCUGCCCGGUCCUGCUUAAUUUUAUUGUUAAAUUGGAGUUCUACGAAGCUCGGACAGCCUUCUACGUGACGUUGGCCAGGACUUGGCUUCUAGACAUCGGGACGCUCAUCCUUCUGCUGGUGUUUUGGGCACGUUCGGACAUGCCGUGCUGGGAGAACCGCGUGGGCCAGGAGGGGUACCGGCUGGUGAUGUUGGAUAUACCGGUGUCGCUGCUGCUGUUGCCGGCCAUUGAAUUCAUCCGUGGACUGAUGUUCAACUUCAACGUAGUGAAGACGGCGCCGGAGUUCAACAUCGCGUACAACUCGCUGACGCUCAUCUACAACCAGUCGGUGCUGUGGUUCGGCAUGCUGUUCUCGCCGCUACUGGUGGUCGCCGUCACCAUCAAGUUCCUGCUGCUGUUCUACGUGAAGCGGGAGAGCGCUCUGCGCGCCUGUCAGACUGGUAAAAAGGUGUGGCGCGCGGCGCAGGCGCAGACGGUGCUGCUGAUGCUGGUCACGCUGUCGCUGUUCGCCACGCUCUUCGCGCUCGGCUCGCUGUUCCUCAGGUCGCCGUCGCCGCACUGCGGGCCGUUCCGGCGCUACGCGAGCGCGCUGGGCGUGCUGUCGGAGGGCGUGCUGCGGCUGUCGGCGCGCGCCCCGCUGCGCCGCGCGCUGCUCUUCGUGUCGCGCCCCGGCGCCGUCGCCUUCGCGCUGCUGGCGCUCUGCGUGUCGGUGUACAUCGUGCGCGCUCGCUCCGGCGCGCAGCAGUCCAUGGCGCGCCUGCUGCGACGCAUGCUGCAGCUGCAGGCCAAGGACAAGGACUUCUUGCUCUCGGCCAUCGAGAAAGUCUCCAAUGGAGAGUGGCUCUACAGUCCGAAAUCUGAAGAGUACGGGGCGGACAGCCACACUUGGAAGUAUUUACACGAAGUUCGAAAACCAUCAAACGCCGGCUACCACUUCGAUGUAUCCAGACUCAGCCACUCCUUCCUAGAACGGCCGAGGUCGUAUGCAAAGGAAAAUAGACCUAAUUCCUAUCACACCGAUAAACAGAAAUCGAACGAGGACGGAGACACAGACAGCUCGUUCAGCUGGCAGGGUUCGAGCAGCUACUUGAAUCAAACCGACGCCGAGAAAAGGUAAUCUGUGGCCGGUAGCCGCAACCGGUAGCUCGACCAGACGUGUGAAAGGUGAUUUCUUAUAAAAUAUUAUUGCUGUAUCAGUUUCCCCGUGUCAAUUAAAUUACUAAUAAAAUUGUGAUAAUACAACGAUGCAUAAUAUUUACUAAUAUAAAGUUAAUUUGUCUGAAUGUAACCAUGACGAAGUUUAUAACCGGAUUUUUAUAUUAUAUAUCCAUAUUUUUAAUAUAAAACGCAACUCUACGCAUAUUACUCUUAUAUUUCGCUGUAUAAUAAAAAUGGUAUACGGUUAUUUUUAUAUUUAAAUAAUUUAUAAAUAUAAAUGAAAUUAAUUAUAUACAUAAAAAAUACUAUAUAGAAGAUCGUUUCAGUCUUCCAGUUAUAAAAAGUCUAUUUUGCAUGAAACUGUUGUAAACUAUAAGCUAUUUUUUUUUUAAAUGUAAGCAAUUGAUUUAAUUUAUAUCCAAGUUUGUGCUAACGUCUUCCAAAUCAAUUAAAAAUUGUGCCAAAUUUACCCACAAGAAUAUGCAUUCAUUUAUGUAUAAGUUUUUUGAACAGUAUUAUAAUAAAAAAUAAACAUUAAAAUUAACUCAACGCGUUAACAAAUGAAGGUACGAGAAUCCCUUGGGAGUAUUUUAUCUACUCCCCGAUAUAACCCCCAGAGGGAGAAGAUGACAAACACUUAUUUAUCUUAAAGGUGUUAAAUAACAAUUUACACAGUACUACUCCCAUUUAAAUGUUAAAGAUAUUGAAAUCGAUAUCUGCAUGAAAAAUAUCUGCCUUGGAAGGUUGACACAGCCAAAUCAUUUUAAUUUUAUAUUUGAAAGUAUUUCAGAUAUAUUUUUUAUGUACAAUUUCGAUUUAUGUGUUGUAUUGUAACUUUUAAUAUUUUUAUACU